UGUUAGUGAAAAAAAUAGUCGGAACAAAGUUGAACAGGCGCAUUGGACAACGAAAACCCAAAAAAUCGAUUGAAAUUUGAACAAAACCUUUGUGUUUCCCCUAGUCGAUCUAUAUCCCGUGUGUACACAAUGAAACCAAUGCCAGCGUAAGUGAAUUGUUUCGGAUUGGAUGUGAUAUGACAUCUCUGCUAAUCAGGUUCAAUGGGGUGAAUUCACAAAAUGCUAUUCAAUUAAGCUCAAUAAAAACAUCAUACAGCUGUGAUUACCGUUUGGAUUGAUAUUUAUCACAUCGGAAUUAGACAUCAAAUAUUAUCUCUAUAAACCGUAUGUCAAGAGAGAGAGAGAGAGAGAGAGAGAGAGAGAGAGAAAGAAAGAAAAACAUUGAAUGUGCGUCAGUUUCAAUUCAAAUAUCACUACGUGACACAUCCCUCUCACUCUCUUCCUCUCUUUCGCAAGCACAUGGGAUACGGCACAGUGGACGUGUAUAUGUGUGCGAGCCGUGCAAACACAAAAUCAUUAUCUGUUUGGCAAAUAGAAAGAGAGAGCGGUAUAAAAUGUACUUAAACAUUCACAAAUACAGUAGCAAACGAGAAACACCCAGAUUUGUUACCGUGUAAUCAGCUGAUGUGUGUAUACUGUAUGUGCGACUUGAAGCAGCCGAGUUAAAUAUAAAAAAAUGAGACUCACUCGUUUCAGACGCAUGUGAAAAGCACGAGAGCUUGAAUCAUAUUGUAUUCGGUAAUCAGUUGAACAAGUUUAGUCCGACAUUUUCGAAGUCGUUCGUAGUAUUAUCAAUCGUUAAAUUCAGUUCUUCGGAAGAAUCACUCGCACGUUAUUUGACCUGCAUCUCGUUGAGUUUAUUUUGGUUCUGUUUUUCCGUACUACCUGAAGCGAAAACAAAAAUGCCGUCACAAAACAGCCAAAGUUUGGAAAAGAUGUCGAAAACCGACACAAUCAAACUUCGAAACCGAUACAUCGGUAAAUCCUGCAAAUUAUUCUACAAAUCGGACCCAUUGAAAAUUGUUCGUGGCCAAGGCCAAUACAUGUUCGAUGAAGAAGGAACGCGUUACCUUGAUUGCAUUAAUAAUGUGGCCCACGUUGGCCAUUGCCAUCCGAAAGUGGUUGAAGCAGCCAGCAAACAAAUAGCCGUUCUAUCGACAAACAACCGAUUUUUACAUGAUGAAUUGGUUCAUUGUGCGGAAAAGAUCAUCAACAAAAUGCCGGGCGAUUUGUCGGUUUGCUAUUUCGUCAAUUCGGGUUCAGAAGCUAAUGAUUUGGCACUGCGUUUAGCUCGCGCAUUCACUAAAAAACUGGAUGUCAUCACAUUGGACCAUGCAUAUCAUGGACACUUGACAUCGCUAAUGGAAAUCUCACCGUACAAAUUCAAUUUGCCCGGUGCCGAUCCGAAACCAGAUCAUGUACACGUCGCGUCAUGCCCCGAUGACUAUCGUGGAAAGUUUAAUCGUUUCAAUUCGUCAUCUGACAUGAUUAAAGAUCAAUACAUAGCCGAAAUCGAGUCGAUCGCCAAGAAAGUCACCGAAGAAGGCCGUGGCAUUGCUGGCUUCAUUGCUGAGAGCUUACAGAGUUGUGGCGGACAAAUCAUUCCACCAGAAGGAUACUUUGAAGAUGUUUACCGAGUCGUUCGUAAAUACGGUGGUGUUGCAAUUGCUGAUGAAGUUCAAGUUGGUUUUGGUCGUGUCGGAACCCACUACUGGGCCUUUGAAACACAAAACGUCGUGCCGGAUAUCGUUACGAUCGCCAAGCCCAUGGGCAACGGACACCCGGUUGGUGCUGUGGUUACAACGCAAAAAAUUGCCGACAGUUUUGCCGCAACUGGGGUUUCGUAUUUCAACACGUACGGUGGUAAUCCCGUGUCAUGUGCCAUAGCGAAUGCCGUUAUGGAUGUUGUUGAGAACGAGAAGCUUCAGCAAAAUGCUCAAAUUGUCGGUGAAUAUUUGUUGAGCGAAGGGAUUAAGAUGGGCUAUGACUUUGAAAUGAUUGGCGAUGUUCGUGGAUACGGUCUAUUUGUGGGUUUCGAGAUUGUCAAGAGCAAAUCGUGCCGUACACCAGCCACACAGGAGGCCCAGUGGAUUGUCGAUCGCAUGAAGAGCGUUCAUCGUGUGCUCAUCAGCUCAGAUGGUCCGAAUGAAAAUGUUUUGAAGCUCAAACCACCAAUGGUUUUCACGAAAGAAAAUGCGGAAGAAUUUUUCGUUGCCUUCAACGAAUGCAUGCACUUUUUGCAAAAGGUGAAUUUGUCAUCGUUAACAGAGGAUGUUUCGAAUGAGCUACCAACUCGCACAGACCUUUUAAUCAAAGCAAUGUAAUCAUAUCGAUAAACGAAUUUUAUCAGCACAAUUCAAGCUCUUUAUAUAAUAAUCUAUAAUAUAAUUAAUCAUACAUGAAUUAUCUAGAGAUAAGAAAAACAAUUUAUUGUCUUAAAUUAAGGCCAUAAUUUUAAUCAACAACAUAACGAAAACAUAUUUCAAUUCUGUAAUCGUUAGAAUUUUUCUUCAAUUCAAAAUAGAAAUUUUGUUAACUUUAAACUCCAUAAACGCCAUAAGGUGUUGCGGAACCAAGUAUAAAAAAAAUAAAUUUCAAAAAGUAUGAACUUA